UCACUGGAGGGAUUCCUGGAGAAGCUGCAGUGUGGGGAUGCUCUGACCGAGUUCAGCCCCCAGUCUCUUUCCUCCUCCUCCUCCUGCAGCGACCGCAUCCGCAGUUAGCAGUGGGCAACUUGAGGGUGUACCCGGGGCAAGCCCCCAGGGUCCUGCUCAUCCGACAGGGGGCUCAGCGCCCCGAAGGGGUGUGUGCAGGGUGGGGGCGGCCAGCUGGGACCAGCUGGUGGCCCUAGAAAACCUCCCCCACACCCACACCCACACACCCCUUUUGUGUGUUGCAGGCUGCCCCUCUGAGAGCGGAGGCAGCGAGAGAGUACUCGUGUUGCCUCGCACCCGGUCCGCGGUGAGAGCAGUGAGGACCAAGACCCGCACCACCUCCCGCUCCUCGCUCCAGGAAAGCAAGAGCCAGUGAGCACUUGAACAACCAACACCUGCAUUCAGAUCGAAGACUCUGCCCUUGCCAUCCCGAAAGCUCCACUGGACCAUCUCAUUAAGACUGAAGAAAGGAGGUUCUGAAAGAAACAAACACCCCCAAAUACUCCAGAACAUCCCAGCAGAACAUUUCACCUGAACCAAAAAUGGUGAGUGAGAGUCAUCAUGAGCGCCUGGCCGCCCCGCCAGUCACCACUGCUGCGACUGUUGUCCUACAUAAUGCCACCGAGCCAGCCAGUCCUGGGGAAGGAAAGGAAGAUGCCUUUUCAAAGCUGAAGGAGAAGUUUAUGAAUGAGCUGCAUAAAAUUCCAUUGCCACCGUGGGCCUUAAUCGCCAUAGCCAUAGUUGCGGUCCUUCUCGCCGUGACCUGCUGCUUUUGUGUCUGUAAGAAAUGUUUGUUCAAAAAGAAAAACAAGAAGAAGGGAAAGGAGAAGGGAGGGAAGAAUGCCAUUAACAUGAAGGACGUGAAAGACCUAGGGAAGACCAUGAAAGAUCAGGCCCUGAAGGAUGAUGAUGCUGAAACCGGACUGACUGAUGGAGAAGAAAAGGAAGAACCCAAGGAAGAGGAAAAACUGGGAAAGCUCCAAUACUCCCUGGAUUAUGAUUUCCAGAAUAACCAGCUGUUGGUCGGGAUCAUCCAAGCUGCUGAACUUCCUGCCCUGGACAUGGGGGGAACAUCUGAUCCGUAUGUCAAAGUGUUCCUGCUCCCUGACAAAAAGAAGAAAUUUGAGACAAAAGUUCACCGAAAAACCCUCAACCCUGUCUUCAAUGAACAAUUUACUUUCAAGGUGCCAUACUCGGAAUUAGGUGGCAAAACUCUGGUCAUGGCGGUGUAUGAUUUUGAUCGCUUCUCCAAGCAUGACAUCAUUGGAGAGUUCAAAGUUCCUAUGAACACUGUGGAUUUUGGCCACGUGACCGAGGAAUGGCGUGAUCUCCAGAGCGCUGAGAAGGAAGAGCAAGAGAAACUGGGGGACAUCUGCUUCUCCCUCCGCUACGUCCCUACUGCCGGCAAACUGACUGUUGUCAUUCUGGAAGCGAAGAACUUGAAGAAGAUGGAUGUGGGUGGCCUAUCUGAUCCUUAUGUAAAGAUUCAUCUGAUGCAGAAUGGCAAGAGGCUGAAGAAGAAGAAGACAACAAUUAAGAAGAAUACGCUUAACCCCUACUACAACGAGUCCUUCAGCUUUGAAGUUCCCUUCGAGCAGAUCCAGAAAGUGCAAGUGGUGGUAACUGUUUUGGACUAUGACAAGAUUGGCAAGAACGAUGCCAUCGGCAAGGUCUUUGUGGGCUACAACAGCACCGGCGCCGAGCUGCGACACUGGUCAGACAUGCUGGCCAACCCGCGGCGACCCAUCGCCCAGUGGCACACUCUCCAGGUGGAGGAGGAGGUCGAUGCCAUGCUGGCCGUCAAGAAGUAAGGGAAGAAGAAGCCUUUCUGCAUUUGCCCACAUAGUGCUCUUUAGCCAGUCUCUGUAAAUACCUCAGUAAUAUGGGUCCUUUCCGUUUCCAGCCAUGCAUUCCUAAUACAAUUCAGUGGUACUUCAGAUCCCGUUUUGAUUUGCACAAAUUUAAGUGUAGAGAGCCCCCAUGCCCUUCACACCACUGCCCUCCAAAUCUACUCUUCUUUUAAGCAAUAUGAUGUGUAGAUAGAGCAUGACUGAAAUGAUGUAUCGUAUCACACCGUUGUAUAUACCAGUAUGCUAAAGAUUUAUUUCUAGUUUGUGUAUUUGUAUGUUGUAAGCGUUUCCUAAUCUGUGUAUAUCUAGAUGUUUUUAAUAAGAUGUUCUAUUUUAAACUAUGUAAAUUGACUGAGAUAUAGGAGAGCUGAUAAUAUAUUAUAUGGUAAAUAUAGUAUCGUCUGCAUUCCAGCAAAAAUAUCAACUUGAAAGGCACUAGUAUGGUUAAACUGAUAUCUUAAAGGACAACUUAAACCUGAGCUUUCUAUUGAGUCAUUUGAGUACCAAGACUCGCCCACACUACAUCUUCAGUGGGCAAACCCAAUUUUGUAGAAUUCUUUCACAGGCAAAUAGCAUGAGCCAAGCAGCAUCCAAUGCUGACCUCAAGGAAGGAAAGCCACAAACCAGAACAGCAUCUGUCUGUCUGUAUGUCUCUGCAAAGCUAGAAUCAUGGCUUCGCUCUCACGUUCAGGGACGCGAUGAAUAAGGAGUCAGUGAGGAGUUCCUGUGACUGCAUCUGGAGGCACACCUCAUGGUGUUCUCUGUGUGUGCGCGUGCAAGUGUGAAAGUGUAAAAGUGUGCACAUGUGUUAUGUGUGGUGCAUGCCUUUGUUUGGGGUUCGGGUGGGGGAGGAGACGGUGAGAGAAGUCAGCCUUUCUGAAAUAUUGCCUGACUAUUUCAACAGAAAAUAAUAGCUCUCCAUUAUCACAUUUAUAUAAAGCGUGCAACCUGUGAAUUCUGAUCCAGAUUUCACACCAGUAAUGAUUCCAAAAGGUAUGCACGUGAGACUUUGUAACAAAAUAUUUUAUUAUACAAAAACCAGAUGAGAAGGAAUGCAGAAUAUUUUUAACACAGCAAUCUGUGCUUAUGACACAAAAUCACUUUGUGGUAACAGACAGUAUUGUAAUCCCAUCAAAAGAUGAAAACUGACAAACAAUUAGCCAUAGUUCUGAAUGCACUUCGAUUAAGCCAAAACAGACAGCUAGUGAUCUUUUUAUAUGCUCUUUUUACUUAAGUUUUAAUUUGUCCUUUAAACAAAGGUGAAACAAAACCAAGAACAAGUUCUGGUGAACUGAAGCAACCUCUUAUGUACACUAGAUGCUCGAUUUAGGAGGAGUUUUUCCAUGUUUUCAAUGUUACUCUGUAGUAAACGGCACUAUUCCGAAGCUACUAGUCAUUCCAUAAGAGUCCUAAGGAUUGCUCUGUGUAACACUGUGACUGCCCUGUGUGCUUAGACACGUAGUUUCCUCAGUGGAUAGCACUCAACUUACUCUGUAGUGAUAUUGUAACAAUACUGCCAUUCCCUUAUUGCACUGCCCAACGUGUGUGUGUAGCACAAACAGUUCUCAUUACUAAGGACCAAUUCAGAACUGAACAGCUAUGCAUAGGACAGAAAGAUACAUAGAGUGGGGGGUGGGGUGGGGAGAACACACAGCAUUUUGUCAACACUGUGCCCUAGUCCAUAUUUGUCCCGCUGUGGUAGACAGCCGCUUCAGGAAGGCGAGCUGCUACCUAACGCUGCUUCCAGUCUCUUCCCUCACUUGCUCCUGUGACCUGUCUUCACCUCUAGGCCACAGAGAAUAGCGAUGUUCUGACGUGAGAGACUGUCUUCAACAGGUACCAAAAUCAAAUGGAGGAAUGCUAAGUAAGCAUGGCCUCGUGUUUGAUCUUUAGGAUUUAGCUCCAUGUUUUGGACAAAGCUCUCAAGAGAAUCCCAGAAAAGGGCUGUCGGUAGACUUUAAACACGGGGUUGGCUGUUCCACACACAUACAUGCACACACACACACACACACACACACACCACACCACACCACAACACAAAAAUCAACUCCCAAUUGGGAUUCCUUCCUCAUCAGCGAAGAGGCAAAUCCAUUGCCUUUCAUUCCCAUCACAGCAAACUCUUUAGACACGGAACAGACACGAAGGACAAGGAGAAAAUCCUUUGCUGUGGAUGCACAGCACUUUUUAAAAACUAGAGACAUGGGUAACAGGAAAUGCACCCUCACAGGUGAGGUUAAACAGCAGUUUGAAGAGGAGACUCAAACAAGACGUUUGCCUGUGUAAGGGACCAAGUCCUACCAAAGAGAAGGAGUUGACUUUUAAGAACACCGUAAAUACCCGACACUGACAUUUCAUUCCCCUAUCACUCUCGUUAAGUUGUACACAGUGAACCACCAUUUCCCAAGAAGCAGCCGCCCGAUGCCCAGCAGACAUGAUUUCCUGCAGUACAGUACUGCUAGCACAUUCUCUUGCAACACUGCCAGUGUGGGAUUGUUACCAUAGAAUUAGUUGGUACUAUAUCAUCUCUCAUGAGCCGGUGACUGGACCUGCUUUAUGACCAAGAGUCAUCCUCUGAUCUGCCACCUGUACCUUUCUGACAAUGCUGUGCAAAGUCUUAGAAGCUGAUGCCCUAGAAAGAGCCUAGUUGCCUUUGUGGAUAUUUACUGCCUGCUUGAGUGUCUCUCUGUGUGGGUUUUCCCUGUGUCCUGUAGAAAUGUUGGGGUGUUUUCUCCUGCCAUAAGGCUCGUGGCCCGCGAGCCAAAUCCUUUAGCUGUAUUUUCCCUUCAUUUUUUGAUAAGUGGUUUAAAUUUUGUUCCCCUUUGUGUAGUGAAUCCCAUGGUAGUUUUCUGAUUGUUGUUAAAAAAAAAAUGACUUAACAUAUUACAUGGAUACUCAAUAAAAAUGUUUUAUUUCCUGUU